ACGGGCUCGAAGAUGGCGGCGCCGGAGGAGCGGCUGGUGUCGGAGGGGGAAGGCAGUUCGCUGGGCUCGGCGCGGCUCUCCCCGCCCACGGUCUCGGAGUCUCACGACUGUCUGGCGCCCAUGGAGCUGCCUCCUCAGAGCAACACGCUCAUGGGGUUGCCCAUCGUGGCGAUCGAGAACAUCCUCAGCUUCCUGUCCUACGAUGAGAUAAGCCAGCUCCGCCUGGUUUGCAAGCGAAUGGACUUGGUUUGCCAGAGGAUGUUAAAUCAGGGAUUUUUGAAAGUGGAAAGAUACCACAACUUGUGUCAAAAGCAGGUUAAAGCUCAGCUUCCAAGACGGGAAUCAGAAAGAAGAAACCAUUCAUUAGCACGUCAUGCAGACAUCCUUGCUGCUGUAGAAACAAGGCUCUCUCUGUUAAAUAUGACUUUCAUGAAGUAUGUGGAUUCCAAUCUCUGUUGCUUCAUACCUGGAAAGGUAAUAGAUGAAAUUUAUCGUGUGCUAAGAUAUGUAAACUCUACAAGAGCUCCUCAGAGAGCUCAUGAAGUUCUCCAAGAACUAAGGGACAUUUCCUCCAUGGCUAUGGAAUAUUUUGAUGAGAAGAUUGUUCCAAUACUGAAAAGAAAGAUGCCUGGGUCAGAUGUAUCAGGACGGCUGAUAGGAACUGCCCCAGUUCCAGGACCUUCUGCUGCACUGACAACAAUGCAGCUAUUCUCCAAGCAGAACCCUUCAAGACAGGAAGUCACUAAACUCCAGCAGCAAAUAAGAGCAAAUGGUACAGGCUUGACAUCGCUAAAGCGUGAAAUCUCAGAGCUUCGCAUCAAGGUGCAAGAGCAACAGAAACAACUCCAAGAUCAAGAUCAGAAACUGCUUGAGCAAACCCAAAUCAUAGGUGAACAGAAUGCCCGACUGGCUGAGCUUGAACGCAAGCUGCGAGAUGUGAUGGAGAGCACAGUAGGAAAUUCUUCAGGGUCUGGCUCAAAUGAACAAUCUCCUAGAAAACGGAGGAAGACGGUUGAAUCCACAGACUGUCCUAGGAAAUCUAAACGCCUUCGAAACAGAAAAUAACUUUGGAGUAAACAACACUUUCAGGAGGAUACACUUAUCUUUAGUAGCCCAAGCAGGUCUGCUUGUUUGUGACUAGCUUCAUGGUGUCACUUAGGCUGCUGGUUCUUCAAAACAACACUUAGACUUGAACAGUAAUUUUCUUUCAUUGAGACUUUUCCCCUGCUUUCUGUAUGGGUGGGCCUAAUGCACAAAACCUUUCAGAUUUGCAACAGUUACAUACUAACCAGACCUGCUCUGUUAUGUUUCGAAAGGUUAACUUUUUUUUGUGCCGAUGUGUUUAAAGUAAACUUAUUUGUGUUUAUGCAUAUGUUUGAAUAAAAACCUUAAAUAAAUUCAGUCUUAACUGAUUAAAAAGUUAAGCAUAAAAACAAAUGUCCUGUUCACUUGAAGCAAAGAUCCAUUUGUAAAAUCUUGGUUUAGAGGACUUGAACUUUUUUUGUUAAAAGUGACCUUGUCUGGAAUGUCUGAAAACUAGUUAAUACUUUUUGGGGGUCUCUGUAACAAGUAACACUGACUUCUUAAGCUACAGUAUUGGCUAUGUAUUUUUGUAAACUUAAAAGGAAAGGCCUCUGUCUGGUCUUCACAUGCACACCCCCUGGAUGUUGAUCUUGGGAGCCAUAUUCCACAUUUGCAUGGAUAUAUGCAUGUGCAGCUUAGCCUACCAAAAGCACUUGCCUGAAGUUGUUCUGAACUCUGGGAGAGAGCAGAGACCUAUAAAGCAAUUUCUUUGUUCCUCAGCCAUAGCUUAACAUCUGCUUUCUGACAAUGAUGUGGUCUCACACAGGCGAGUUUGAACCUAGGUGCUCUCCCUCUCUUACUGCUUGUAAAUCACAGGUACAGUUAGGCAGAGCUGGAGAACUGAAAUCAUUUGAUUCACAGGCCAACAUUUAAUCAGUAUCAAAUUGUCCCCAGAAUAUCCAAGCUCAGGGGGACAUGUUUGAAUGAAAUUCUGUAUUCUGGAAAAACUUCAACUAUGUUAUGUGUAUGUGUUCGGGGUGGGGUUGGAAAUUUCUCUGUAACACUGAUGACAAUAUUCUACAGUUAUCCAAAAAGGUAAAUCACUUCAGACAAAGCUUUAAUUUCUUUUGCACUUCUGUUUUGAGCUUGUAACUGGAAAAGCAUGUCUUGCACUGUUCAGUCUCUCCGAUCACCUUAACAACCUCAGAGUUGUGUACAGUGAUUUUUUUCCCCCUCUGUAUAUUUUUGGAACUUUAUACGAAUACCAUUGUCCUUGUUUUUGUUUUAAUGUACUAAACUAUGUAGCUUUA